UUAAAUUUUAAAUUGAAAUGUGUUACUUUCUUAAGCAAUUCAUUAUAUUUAAAAUCCUGCUACUAAUAAUAGGUUCCUGUCGUCAAGCAAAAUGUGAGACCGACUGGACUUAUGAGUUACUCUCGCUUAAGCUGGACUCCGAAAACCCCGAGAUAUUAAAUGGUGAUUUAUAUGUUAAACGCGUUUCACGUGGCCUUUUUGCAUUCUCAGGCAAUUUAAACAUAUUCGAGGAUCUAAAUAAUGGUACUAUAGUAUAUACCGAUGUCUACUAUAGUUAUACUAGCAUGGAUUAUGUACGUUCUCCUUUUAAUGUACCCAAACAACCUUUGCCGCAAUUUAUAAAGACUCUAUACAAGGAUAUGCUGAUGGAAAGUUUAUUGCAAUGUUCGUCAAAUGCCCCCGAUCUUGAAUUUGAUGGUGUCGUAACAAAACGUGUGGUAGAAUUCGAUGAUUGUGUUAUAUCGAAUGAAAAUAUGCCAUCACAUAUGAAAAUUGGAUAUUAUAAGGUUAUCUUUACCUUUACCCAACAAAUCACGGCGCAAUUGGAAAUUAUUGUCAAGAUUGAUAAAAAGGAUUGAAAAGGAUGUUUCAGUUUCUAAUAUAAAAUAUUUUUUCUUUAAUAUAUUUAAAAAAAACUAUUAAAUU